AUACAAACUCGAGCUAAUUGACACGAAUCAACCGAGGCACCCAAGGCCCACAUCAGCCUUUUCAGUCUCCACGUUUCCAAGUAGUUGCCAGGCCACUUGCUCGUCUACUCUGCUAUCAUUGGCGAUAGGUAGUGUCUGUCAUGCUGGGCCACUGGCAUGGACUUUCCCUAUCCGUAUCCACUAUCUUGAAGCUCACCGUUCUGCUUUACUCAUUGGAGUUCCAUGUUGCCAUUCUCUACCCGUCUGCAAUCUACUGAACGCCUCUUUGCUCGGCUUUGACAGGAAUGAAUACCACGGCCGAAAAGAAGUGUCGGCCAAGAGACAUUUUAUCAUUUUUAACAUGUACAUUGUCUUAGAUUAUUUGAUUAGAGAGACCAUUCGGAAUGAAAUUGAAAACCGGCCGCAUACAUUUUUGUGUUUCAUCGACACCGUGGAGCUGAAGGGGGGAUAUGUGCCUGACUUCUAGCAAUUUUUUUGCAGACAAAGAGAGCUACUGAGUACUGGUUAUAAAAGACAAAAGGGGCUUGGUCACUAUCCAUGGAAAAAGUGGGCAAGAUGUGGAGCAACCUGAGGAACCGAUGCCAGACCCUCUUCCACAGCGACGGUGCGGGACCCAGUACAGAGAACAGCGUGGUGGAAGAGGACAGUAUGCACUGUGUGGCGGACCUGGGACGGGGAGAAACUUCAGGCGAGGCCCAGGCAUCUCUGGCCUCCAGCCUUUCCCGAAGCCUCUUGCCGCUUCCCGGGGUUACUGGAGGGCGACGUCACAACUGUGUGUCGGACAUCGCCCAGAUGGUAGAGAGAACCACAGACAGAAAAGACAAUGAGGAAGCGAGGGUGGCUCCUUGGGGAGUCCCUAUGGGCCGGAGAGACUCGUACUCGCGCCAUGCACCUUGGGGGGGCAAGAAAAAACACUCAUGUUCCACUAAGACCCAGAGCUCCAUGGAUACAGACAGGUGGUCGGGACGCGCGCGCGGUGCCGCUGGGCGAAGGGAGCGUCGCUACGGGGUCAACUCCAUCCAGGAGAUGGAUGACUCUGGAGACGGGGGGCGUAGUCUGAGCACCCGCUCCCUGCGCCAGCGGCUUAGCGACACAGUGGGCCUGUGUCUCCCCCUUCCCCCCCGCCGCCGCUCCCUCUCCUCCUCCCCCCAAACCCCCACCAUCUCCAAGCGCAAGAUCCACCUGACAGAGCUGAUGCUGGAGACCUGUCCCUUCCCCCAGGGCUCGGACCUGGCCAACAAGUGGCACCUGAUCAAGCAGCACACAGCGCCUGCCAGCCCGCAUUCCUCCACGGCUCUGCUAGACGCCUUUGACCCGGCCCACCCCUCCCCCGAGGACGAGGAGGAGCGUCUGCGCGAACGCCGCAGGCUCAGCAUUGAGGAGGGAGUGGACCCCCCACCCAACGCCCAGAUCCACACCCUGGAGGCCUUGGCGCAGUGCUCCUCUCUGUACAAACUGGGACCAAAGAUGGCCCCUGGCAUUGCAGAGGCCUCUGGGGAGGGCACAAUGGCCAGCUGCUCAGGAGGGGCGGCUGGGUCGUCGGGCUCGUCGGUACAGGUGCUCGGAGGGGCUACAGCCCAGCUGGCUGACUGCGACUCGGAGGAGGACUCCACCACCCUUUGCCUGCAGGCCCUGAGGCCUAAGCUACGCCACACGUCCGGGGAUGGCCAUCUGAGCCGGAACCAGUCUGGGCCCUGGAAGGUGCACACCCAGAUCGACUACAUCCACUGCCUGGUGCCGGACCUGCUUCAGAUCACUGCGCUGCCCUGCUACUGGGGCGUGAUGGACCGCUACGAGGCAGAGGCUCUGCUGGAUGGCCGUCCUGAGGGCACCUUCUUGUUGCGCGACUCGGCCCAGGAGGACUACCUGUUCUCGGUCAGCUUCCGUCGCUACAACCGAUCGCUGCACGCCCGCAUCGAGCAGUGGAACCACAACUUCAGCUUCGACGCCCACGACCCCUGCGUGUUCCACUCGUCCACCGUCACGGGCCUACUGGAGCACUACAAGGACCCCAGCGCCUGCAUGUUCUUUGAGCCGCUACUCACGGCGCCUCUCCACCGGACCUUCCCCUCCGGCUUGCAGCACCUGGCCCGCGCCGCCAUCUGCCGCCGGACCACAUACGACGGCAUCGGCGCCCUGCCGCUGCCCCCGACCCUGCAGGACUUCCUCAAGGAGUAUCACUACAAACAGAAAGUGCGUGUGCGCUGGCUGGAGAGGGAGCCGCCACUCAAGGUCAAAUAGGGGAGCGGUAUCUGGCGGCCUGUGCGCUGCGGACGGAGUUGAAACAGAAAAAUCCCUGCCAAUCAGGAGAGGCCAUACUGAAUGAACAAAGCACUACUCAGUCAGGCAAGGAGGGGUAACUGGAGAAACAAAGAGUUAGGUGAAGUGAGCUAUCCAAGAUUCAUUCUAAUCUCGUUAUUGUUUUAGUUAUCAUUUUCAUCACUUGGGAUACAUAUGUAUCAUUAUAUUCAGUACAAUGCUGCCUGGCAAGCACACAUGGUUUUUAAUGUUGAACAGGUUCUGAAAGGGAGAGCACAAGCCUUCAUGCUUUGUGUCCCUCUCACCUCUUUCAUUCUGUCAAGUGUCUGCCUGAUCCCACAGCAUGAGCUGCCUGCAUGCCCUCUCACCCCCCCCCCCCCCAGUCUCUAUCUAGGCCCACAUGGUUAGCCUGCUAUGUUGUACAGUUCACUCGUGCUGUCUCUUUCCUUUUCCAUUUUCUUGAUCAAGUGACUAUACUGCCUGGCGGGCAUUGUUAGGCCUCAGGUGUAAUGUUAAUCAUCGCUCUCCUGGGGGGGCGUCCAAGGCCACGUCCAAGGGUGCUGCUGCUACAUCCUGCCUCCGUACACCUAUAGGGAGCAGGGCAUACACAGGAGUGGGUGUGGUUACAGCGACUCCUGGGCUUUUUGAUAUCCUCACUGUGAUUUCUCUAAGCAUGAAUCAUCGUCUCCCACCGCUACUGUGUUGCCACAGAAGUGCGGCUCUUAUAAUACUAACGAUAUUUGUCCUGGUUGUUUUCUCACGUCUGUCAGUGGCUCAAACUGGCAACAGAGCAGGCACUUUAACUUGGUCUGGUUUGUUUCUGGUCCUGCGUUCUGCCUUCAUGGUGUCACACUGUGCCAUCCUCAGGGUUAACUUGUUAUAAUUCAGGCCCAUUGUUAGGUCAACGAUUGAGCCCAAUGGUAGAGUGAAUGCCAAGAGUGUGUAAAUAUGUUAUCAAGGCAAAGGGUGGCUACUUUGAAGAAUCGCAAGUAUAAAAUGUAUUUAGAUUUGGUUACUACAUGUCGGCGACAGCCAUGCGGUCCAAGUAGGCAGCGGCAUGGGGAUUUUGUCUCCAGUCUCAAAAACCUGUCUGGGACAGCUAAAUUGUGGCCAAAAUUGUGUAGUGUACACCCAGCUUGACCUAACUAAACUGACCAAGUUUACUCAAACACCAUACUCUUACAUAAUUCUACCCAAAAACAAUGACAAUUUCUCUCACCCAGUGGCGUAUGGGCUAUUUAGGUAUGCGCUGAUGCCACCCAGUGAUAGGCAGUAGGCCUACCCAGUUUAUCAAAGGCAGGGGGCGCAAAAUAUUGUCCAUGCCCAGCGCGCUUCACCGGUGCAGUAUUCCACCAAUGUUCAGUCAAAAGAUUAUCCAACGUAAAUCAUGUAGCCUACCGUAGAAAGUGGUGUUUGCUGUAGCCUCCAUGCUGGAGAUAAAAUGUAUGUCAAUGUCGUGAGAAGGACACUUUACUUUAUGCAGGUUUCUCCGAUCAAAUAGCCAAACCUAAAUUGCGCACAAUCGCAUGAAAAACGAUCGUCGACGUAUGACAUGUUAACAAACAACAUUUACAAAAACGGGACGAGUCAAAGUCAAAUGGACAAUAUCUGGAAAGGAAAAUCAAGCUACUCACAGCUAAUGUUCAGGGAGUUUCACCCCUUAGGCUAAAUUGACAUGAUAAUCAGCGAUUUUCAAGUUUGUAUUCGUCCAUUUUUUUUCUUCCAUGAGCUGCAUCAUAGCGGGAAAAUAAAGACUUCUGCAUUUCCAGCUGUGUGAACACAUGGAUUCUCCUUGUAAAUAGGCUGAGGAUAACUCCUGAUGAUGUUGGGGUAGCUUAUUCAGAGCUUAAAUAGCCCAAAUGAUUAGUCACAGGAAUCAGGACUAAUAAUGCCAAUGCAACUGCCUGUUUUACAAACGGUAGGCCAACCACGUGGAUGGACAUUCAUAAAAUUCCGUUGCGGGCCAACAUUGUAAGGGAGGGCCUCAAUUUUUUUUUGGUCUCAUCUAGGGCGGCAAAAUGGCCAGGAAAGGGCCUGCUUCGCAUUCACUGCUAGCCAUGUCCUAUAAUAACCCAGCAUAUUGUGAGAAGUGGCAUCAGGAGGACAAAUACAACAAAGCGUAACCUAUGUGCUUUUCAUUAGAGCCUCCUGUUUGAAUCCAUACUUUUUAGGGACUUUUUUUAAUCUACUUUGAACUCUUGAGCCUGGCGCAUGGAAUACUCCAGCAGCACUUCCCAUUCAUGUAGCCCUUUAAAUGAGGGCGAGGAGGAAAACGAAUGAUGAAGAACAGGGGAUGACGCGUGAGCUCCGAGCUUGCUCUCUAAUGUUCAUUGGUGCACAUUUUGAUUAAAAAAAUAUAUAUAUAUUUUUCAAUUGAACUUAAUCAAUAACAUUUUGUCAAUCCGUUAGAAUAAUUAGCGGGCUUCACUUAUAAAACUCAUCGGGUUUAUUAGAUGUGACUAGAUGUGUGGGGCAAGGCAGCGUCAGGUCCCGGAGGACUUGGACACUGAACAAGCUUUCGAACUGUACACCUAUAGAGGCGCGCAUAGCCACGGGGUCUAUCAAAUCUAUGAAAAUUAGGAAGCCUACAGCUCACACGUUUAUGGAAAUAUCUGACAAUGUAUACUAAUAUAGCUCUUAACGAAUUACUAGAUGUGUGGGGCAAGGCAGCGUCAGGUCCCGGAGGACUUGGACACUGAACAAGCUUUCGAACUGUACACCUAUAGAGGCGCGCAUAGCCACGGGGUCUAUCAAAUCUAUGAAAAUUAGGAAGCCUACAGCUCACACGUUUAUGGAAAUAUCUGACAAUGUAUACUAAUAUAGCUCUUAACGAAUUAUCGUUGCGAUAUCAGUGAUCCUUUUUAUCCUGGUCAGAAAGGCAACUCUCAAAUCCCUUCUCUCUGAUUUGCAGGGAAGAUGUUUGUUUUAACUACCCGACACAAAUCAGGUGUGUGUGGAGGGUUAUCAGAGAGGAAGGACCGUGAAUGAUCAAAUGUGGAAUGAAUGCGUAGGAUUAGUUUAUUCAUGAGCAUCUGUGUCUGUGACCAAAGCGCUGUUAUUCAACGGUGAUGCACACAACCUGUAUUGUUGUCUAGGGCUCUUUUUAAAAUGACAAUACAGAAUUGUAUUUCAAAACUUAACAAACGUUUCAAUGGCAGCCAAUCAAAGCUUGGGGUGGAUACAGCAAUUCCAUGGUAACAGAAUUAAGAUGGCACUCGAUAUUUUUCACUAUUAAAAUCUAUACGAAACGAAAACUUUGAUUUCAAAGUUUAGUAAACCAUAUAACUCUCUGCACAAGGACUACUUUUAACAAUUUCCACAGAAAAUAUUUUGUAGGAAGAACUGUGCAGAUGUAAAGUUUGGUAACAGAAUAAAAACUGAGGGAGAUUAUACCAUAACUAUGUUACCUAACUUUAUCUGCAGUUUUUCCAGUAAAUAUAUAUAUAUAUAUUGUUUUUUUCUUGUGUUCAAUUCUUCAAAGUAGUCAUUGUGCAUAGAGUUGUAUGGUUUGUUAAAUCAAUGGUUUUUGUUUGGCAUACAUUUUAAAGUGAGUCUCAGCAUAAUUCAGUUACCGUGGAAUUGCCCAUAUCCCGAUAAUGCCUGAUUGGCUGAAGUCUACAGGACAUGCGCUGUUACCAGGUAGAAACAGAGACGAGCCCCCAACGCCUCACACCUCAGUCUUGGAACUGCUUUUAAUGACUUAACUCAAGUGUACUAAUGAAAGGUAAUGUGUUGUGUGUGUUAUGGUUUGGAGGCAGAAGGGCAGGAAAGUGUUUAAUUGUUAAGGGUCGAUUAGUAUAAUGAUCAAAUCAACAAUGUUUUUUUAUAUAUACAGUGGGGCAAAGUAUUUAGUCAGCCACCAAUUGUGCAAGUUCUCCCACUUAAAAAGAUGAGAG